AAGAGGGAGGGAAGAAAGAAGAGAGAGAGGGAAUGAAAGCGAGUGACAUGAGGAGAAAAUGGGCAGAUUAUUUAUGUCCCGUGUCAUCAUCACCGAAGACUGUCCGUGCUAUCCCAUGUUCAGAGAACGGGUGAGGAGUUCCACUGUGUCUGCCAACAGAUGGGGAAGGCUAAGUUGCAGCGUCUGGAGCGGAGCUGAAUCAUAACGUCUGAGAAGCACAUGCCUCCCUGACUGCUGCCUGCGCUCUACCCUAUUUGUUUACAGGCUUCAGGAUAUCCACUCGGUGAAGAUGUAGUCCAUUUGGUUUCCGUGGAGAUGUCUCUAAACAGGGCCUCCUCUUGUCGCUUCCCUCCUGUCCUGUUGCCGUGGCUACUGUGGACUCUGUGGGUUCUACUCGUCCCCACAACCGUCGCCUCGACCACGGGCCCCGGCAACAGCACCCUGCUCUUCAACAGUGCAGCCCACGGCAACAGCCUGCGGAAAUGCAGCUGCUCCACCCACAUCCAGGACUGUGACGAGGCGUUGGCAAACCUGCUGUGCAGCUGCCGCACCAUGUCGCACUCAGAGCUGACCCCUGGGGGCCUGAGGGAGCAGGGUAGCUUGACCAUGUGGCUCAGAGAGCCUUGGGUCCUCACAGAGCUACUGAAUGGGAGUGUGGUGCCAGACCUGCGCCUGUCCUACUGUGGACCCGGGUCCCUGGCCAUCCCCACCCAGUACCUGGCCCUGUUCGGUCUCCGUAAGCUGAGGGUCCACAGCGCUGCCCAGGGUGCCCCACACCCGGAGCAGGUCCUCACAAUCGCCUCUGGGACUGAGGAUAUAGACGGGAUGGGGUCCCUAGCCUCCACUGACCCCUCGUCUAUCCUCCAUGUCUCCUUCCUGGAUGUAGCAUUGCUUAAUGGCUUAUCGUCCCUAAAGGCCUACAGCGUGAGCGCCCCUCCCAUGCCCACCCUCUCCCAGUACUUCCCCCAUCUGCCCCUGUACCCCUCCACCGCCUUGGACCAGCCCCUGUACCCCUCCACCCCUCUGGACCAGCCCCCAGACCCCCAACAGGACUGCCUCUUCACCUUCAUCUACUAGACCUGUAGGCUCUGAGCAGAGAGCAGGGCUGGGUCAGUCCCUCAGCUAAAUAGAUCUAUGGAAACUAGACUGGGCUGGAUGGAUAACACUGAAGUGGUAAGUGCAAGAGCUCCAUUCACCCUGAUGUUACUGAAUGUUACUGCAGCUAUGCUGCUUUUCAAUUUGUUUCUAUAUAGUGCGUUUCUACGCUGCAGAAAACACUAUUCCAAUAUCCACAAGAAGACUCUGGACAAGACAAGACAACCAUCUCUGAGAAGAAGAAGGAGACAUCUUGCAGUAUCAAUGCAAGAGCAAGGCAGAGAAGAAGAGAUGGAAAGAGACUGAGAACGAGACAGAGAACGAGACAAGGACGGCAUCCGUCUGCUGCUCUAAAGACUAACAGAAAGCUUGUAGGCCUGCUGUUAUGAAUGCUAUCAGACAGUUAGCUUGUAGGCCUGCUGUUAUGAAUGCUAUCUGACAGUUAGCUUGUAGGCCUGCUGUUAUGAAUGCUAUCAGACAGUUAGCUUGUAGGCCUGCUGUUAUGAAUGCUAUCUGACAGUUAGCUUGUAGGCCUGCUGUUAUGAAUGCUAUCCGACAGUUAGCUUGUAGGCCUGCUGUUAUGAAUGCUAUCAGAUAGUUAACUUGUAGGCCUGCUGUUAUGAAUGCUAUCAGACAGUUAGCUUGUAGGCCUGCUGUUAUGAAUGCUAUCAGACAGUUAGCUUGUAGGCCUGCUGUUAUGAAUGCUAUCAGACAGUUAGCUUGUAGGCCUGCUGUUAUGAAUGCUACAGUAUCAGAUAGUUAACUUGUAGGCCUGCUGUUAUGAAUGCUAUCAGAUAGUUAGCUUGUAGGCCUGCUGUUAUGAAUGCUAUCAGAUAGUUAGCUUGUAGGCCUGCUGUUAUGAAUGCUAUCUGACAGUUAGCUUGUAAGCAUUCAUAACAGCAGGCCAUCAGGCAGUUAGCUUGUAGGCCUUCUGUUAUGAAUGCUAUCUGACAGUUACCUUAUAGGCCUGCUGUUAUGAAUGCUAUCUGACAGUUAGCUUUGCCAGCUGCUCUUUUCUUCAGUUAUUCGGUGCAGAUGGCCUAUUAAGGCAUGUUGUUUUGAAGCAGGUUACCAUGGCUCCCCUAUAAAUGGGUCUUCCUGGUUGGAACCCUAAUGGAUCGUCAGGUCAUGUGACUGUUCUUAGUUGAACUGUACGGUUGUGGACCCACCUUAAGCUGGACUUGGUUGGGUUUUGUCAUUCAAGAUGAAGCUGACGUAGAAGCCUUUUGGACUGGUGUGCUCUGGUGACUGGGUCCGUCCGGCCCAUGUUGGAUUGAUUACAUCACUGCGUUUCUGGUGUUCUAGAAUACAGGGUUGUCCUGGAACGGCCUUGGUCUCACCCCUAUGGUCCACAAUAUGUCAUUCUGCUCAUGUUCUAGAAUGUACGCUUUUAGUUUUUAAGUAGUACCCCUGCCAGGGAUUAGACCAUGUUAGUAAAA